AAGAGAAGGCGACGAUACCGACCCGAACCGGAACCGGACCCGGAACAGGAACCGGGCCCGGAAAGCCAGUUCCAUUAUUAUUGAUUAUUGUAUCUGCAGUGUUUGUUAAAUUACAAAAUCAAAUUCGGCACCCCUUUCUCUCUCCUCAAAAAAAAAAAAAAAAAAAGGAAGAGAUUUUUUCCUAGAUCUCAAACGUGAAAAAAAUUCCACUCGCAGACUCCCUCCCCCUCCCUCCCCCUCCCUCCCUCUUUCUGUUUGUUUCCAUAGAAAACAAGAAGGAAAAACAAAAUAAACCUUGUUUUUUAAAAUAAAGGGAAUGAAAAAGAAAAAUUGAAGUCCUGAUUAUCGAUCCGUCACUCACUCACUCUCAGCUGUCUGUUUCCAAAAAAAAGUUCAUUUCCUUUUCUUUUCCAGGGAAUCAAAAACAGAGGUUUUGGGGAUUUGGAGUGGAAUUGGGGUGUGUUCGGUUGUGAAUGUUUGCUAAGUUGUUAAGGAAAUGAGCAAAGAAAGGCCUCCUGAGCCUCUCGAUUUCUUCAUUUGGACUGUUGAGGAUGUUGGUUUGUGGUUAGAAGAAAUAAAUCUUGGCAGCUACCGCCAAAUUUUUAAAGAUAAUGGUGUGAACGGAGAAUAUCUGGAAGGCAUGUCCAUGUUCACAACUGAACAGAUUUUACGGUUUAUAAGGCGGUGCCACAUGAAGUGGGGAGACUUCAUCACACUAUGUAAGGAGCUCAGACGAAUAAAAGUGGCUUGCCUAAAAGGAGAGCAAAAGGUUCGCCGGCCAUGGUGGGUUCCGUCCUGCCUCUCCGCGAUCUUUGUCAAGGUUGCAAAGCACAACAGACAGUCACGAGUUGUUUCCUUGAAGCUGGAACCAUGAAGCAAGAUGUUAUAUGUAUGUAUUUGUAGCUUUUGUUUUUGUUUAGGGAACAGAAAGUAGUGUACCCAACUUUUGUCUGGAAUGUGGCAAAUUCUUCAUUGGAGAAUUUCCUUUCACAUAAAAGCCCUUUUAUAUAUUUAUUUCUGUUGAUUUGUAGUUGUAUUUUCCGUUUGAUCUCUGGAGCUGAAUACAAUGAUGAGUGUCGCAUCAAAGAAACCACUGUAAUAUGGAUCAGUUGUGAAGAAAUUCACUCCUCAACGGUAUCUAUAGAAAUGUUAUAGCUUUUAUUUUC